GACCAAGCUGCGCUGGGGGACCCGGCAGCGGGACGGACCGCGGCGGGGCCGUGGCGGGAGCGGGCCGGGGGGGGGGGGGGUGGCGGGGCCGCCAUGUACGCGGGGCUGCAGGAGCUGGGGGUGGCCAACGGCGAGGACCUCAAGGAGACGCUGACCAACUGCACGGAGCCGCUCAAGGCCAUCGAGCAGUUCCAGACAGAAAAUGGAGUCCUGCUGCCCUCCCUGCAGUCGGCGCUGCCCUUCCUGGACCUGCACGGCACCCCCCGGCUGGAGUUCCACCAGUCAGUGUUCGACGAGCUGAGGGAGAAGCUGCUGGAGCGGGUCUCAGCCAUCGCUUUGGAAGGGAAAGUUGAGGAAAGGUACAAGAAGCUGGAAGAUCUCCUGGAGAAAAGCUUUUCCUUGGUCAAGAUGCCUUCCAUACAGCCCGUGGUAAUGUGUGUCAUGAAGCACUUGCCCAAGGUCCCUGAGAAGAAGCUGAAGCUGGUAAUGGCUGAUAAGGAUUUGUAUAAAGCAUGUGCAGUGGAGGUGAAGCGCCAGAUUUGGCAGGAUAACCAGGCUUUGUUUGGUGAUGAGGUAUCUCCGCUGCUGAAGCAAUAUAUCCUGGAGAAAGAAAACAUUCUCUUCAGCAACGAAAUUUCUGUCUUGAACAAUUUCUUCAGUCCGUCUCCCAAAGCAAGACGUCAGGGAGAGGUGGUUCAGAAGCUGACUCAGAUGAUUGGGAAGAAUGUGAAGCUCUACGAUAUGGUGUUGCAGUUUCUGAGAACCUUAUUCCUUCGGACAAGGAAUGUUCAUUACUGCACGCUACGGGCAGAGCUCCUGAUGUCGCUGCAUGACCUGGAAAUCAGUGAAAUCUGCACCGUUGACCCCUGUCAUAAGUUCACCUGGUGCCUUGAUGCCUGCAUUCGGGAGAAGUUUGUGGACAACAAGAGAGCUCGGGAAUUGCAAGGAUUUUUGGAUGGAGUGAAGAAGGGACAAGAACAAGUCUUGGGGGACUUAUCAAUGAUCUUGUGUGAUCCCUUUGCAAUUAACACCUUAGCCUUGAGUACCAUAAGGCACCUCCAGGACCUGGUUGGGCAGGACACCUUACCCAGGGAAAGUCCAGAUCUGCUACUGCUCCUUAGGAUGCUGUCUUUGGGACAGGGGGCCUGGGACAUGAUUGACAGUCAAGUCUUCAAGGAACCAAAAAUGGAAGUUGAGCUGAUCACUAAGUUCUUGCCUAUGCUGAUGUCUUUUGUGGUGGAUGACCACACGUUCAAUGUAGAUCAGAAACUGCCCUCGGAGGAGAAGGGGCCAAUUCCCUACCCCAGCACCAUUCCUGAAGCUUUCACCAAAUUCUUGCAGGAUAAUAGAAUAGCUUGUGAGAUUGGGCUAUACUACAUCCUUCACAUCACUAAACAGAGGAACAAGAAUGCUUUCCUCAGGCUUCUGCCAGCACUAGUUGAGACAUUCAGUGACCUGGCCUUCAGUGACAUAUUUCUGCAUCUGCUCACUGGUAACCUCACGCUGCUGGGUGAUGAAUUUGCACUCGAGGAGUUCUGCAACAGUCUCUUUGAUGGCUUCUUUCUCACUGCUUGCUCAAGAAAGGAGAAUGUACAUAGACAUGUGCUGAGACUGCUGCUUCAUCUGCAUCACAAAGUGGCGCCUGCCAAAUUAGAGUCUCUCCAGAAGGCUUUGGAACCCACCAAACAGAGUGGGGAAGCUGUGAAGGAGCUUUAUAACCAACUCACUGAGAAACUGGAGCUUCGCAAGCCUAGUCCAGCCGAAGUGACUGAGACUCCCUCCAUGGAACUGCCCUUGCCCACUGUGCCCACACCAGCCUCACGCUGAGCUAUGUCUGUAGUGCAAGAGUGAGACAUGAGAAAAACUAAACUAGUGCUCAGCAGCGUGAAGGCACUGUACUGCCUUGUCAAAUGUCUCUGCCUACAGGGUGGAAACAAACAAAAAAAGCCACUGAAGCUCUUUCAGGAAACACUGCAGUUUACCCAACUCACUGGCUCUUGCUGGUUAGAAAACUCUGUAUGCGGUGCAUUGCAGAGGUUUAAUUUUCUUAAAGAUAGCUGAGUGUCUUCUUGUAGAUCACUUAAAACUGACUGUACAAUUUUUUUUUCAAAAACAAAAGGCGUAUUUUUAAGCUUUGCAUCUUGUAUUCUUAAACUUUAUUUCAAGAACUGAUAAAUGAGAGUCUAACUUAGGGCUGAGCAGAUAGCGUGAACUCCUGAAGGCUAAGCAUAACUUUUUUCCUGGCUGUUAGUGUGCUCCUCUGGGUCUUUAGAUCAGAUGCUCAGCAGAUGGAAAUGUCAGAGGAAAUAAGCUCCACUGAUAUGAUUUCCUGUUUGAGGUUCUAGCUCUUUGCUACGUGGUAAGACAUGCUGUGUUUCUCAGGGAUGUCUAUCACUGUCAGUAGACCAAGAAGCAAUGAGCAGCCAUCUUAUUGAAGAAGGCCAGAAAUUGAGUCUGGCUCUUGCUUGCCUUUUCUCCGCACUUUUCUUCAAAGGAGUAGUUUUAAGUGAAUCUUGGAGCCAGUGAAGUAAAACCAGAACUACUAUGUUCCCAAGUGGCAGUGGGGUUUGAGUGUAGGUUUAAAGUGAAAUUCUAACUGAAAAAAUAGCCUGUAUCCUCAUGGCUUAUCUGUGUUGCUGUCUGUACUGAUACUGUUCUGCUUUUACUGCUGCCUCAGUGUAAAUGUCAGGCAGAGUGUGCAGGAAGGUGAGCAUGGGAAAAGAAUAAGCUGUGUGAGUUUACAAGUGACUUUGCAUUGAUUUCAGCAGGCACAAUAUAUCUGAAAAGAUUCUCACUGUUCCUCUAA